GUAUUUUCAAAUCCAAAGUUGCAGUUGUUUAUUAAAAUUAAAUUAAUGUCAGUAAAGAUAAAACAUUAUUAUGACAAUAUAUGUAUAUAAAGCAGUCAAGAAAGUGCGCAUACGUUCCAAAGUAAUGUUAUUGUCACUGGUUUUAUGAUUAAUAUUGACACAUAGACAUUCCCCUUGAAAUUUCAAAGUAUGUUUUCAAUCAAUUUUAAAAUUUUCCCUAAUUAAUAGGUUUUUGUUGACUAUUUAAAUAUAUUAUUAUAAUAGGUGUACAGUUUGAAACUGUUUAAAAAAUUUAAUGUUAUAAUAAACUAAUGGAGAUUGAAGUUAAAUCGUAAUUUUAAAAAUAAUUCACCAACACCCAAUAUAGUUCAGAAAACGAGUUAAUUAAAUCAUGGAUUCAUCAGAAACAUCCAAGAUGUCUCAAGAAGAGCAAUUCAACCAGCAACGAGCAAAAAUGAAGGAACUGUAUCUAUCAAAAGAGAAGGAAUGUGUACAAUUAAAACAGAAACUUAUUGUAUUUAAAAGAGAAAUUGAAGAGGCAUCGUCUCAACUCGUCAUAGCUGAAUAUAAUAGAGAAAAGGAUCUUGAAGAUCAAAAAAUGAGACACGACCAGGAAGUGCAGACACUUAAUCAGCUCAUUCAAGAGACAUGCGAUGAGUCUACGUUAGCUCACGAGGAAAUCAAACGACUUCAGGAUGAAAAUGAAAGAUUUAAAUUAGAAGUGACGUCAUUAAGAGAACAACAGCAACAAGAGUCAAAAAGCUUAGAAGCAAUUCUCGGUUUAAAGACGUUAGCAAGGAAUGUAAAGAAGAUAACAGGAACAAAUAAUAGCAGUCAAGAGAACUUGGACGAUUCAGCGCGUAAAAUCACUGGAAGUUCAUCGAAAUAUGCUCAGGAAGACGCUGAUACGUUGCGUUCCUUAGUAGUUCCAUUAGAAGAUGAAAUCCUUCAAUUAAAAGAGAAGCUUAGAAGUGCUUACGAUGAAAUGGAACAAAUUAGAGGUGAAACACAUCAUAAAUCAGCAUUAGUUGGCUUAUUAAGUGAAGCACAAAAGGAUCAAGGCACAGAAGCUGAAAAUGGCAGUAUUCAAGAAUGUUCAAUGUGUAAAAAUUACGAACUGCAAUUAUGUCAAGCUCAAGAAACUAUCGAAAAUGAGAAGCAAACUGUCGUUAAGGUUGAGAAAAUUGUCGAUCGCUUAAAGCAAGACUUGCUGAAGGAAUCAGCAUUGAGAUUAGAUUUGGAAAAGACAUGGCAGACAAAGCGUGAAGAGCAUAAAGAUGCUGUCCAAAAAUUAUGCGAUAAAUUAAAUGAAAGUGAACGGCAAAUGAUUGAGUUACAAAGUGAAUUUUGUAAUUUUAAAGAUGACAUAAAUCGUGAAUUGAUUAAAGUCGUUGAGGAACGAUCGGAAUUGCAUGAACAUCUUGAGACCUUGCAGAGAGACAAUGAAUAUUUGAGUGGUCGAUAUCUUGAGCAUUCUAAUCAAAUGAAGGACCAAGACAUAAAUUUGCCACAAAGCAUAGAGGAACUUCACGAGUUAGUCUUGAAAUUGUAUGAAAAUUUGAUUGUCUCGAAAGUCGGACAGGAGUUCAAUGAGACAAAGUGUGUCAGUUUUCGUGAUGAAACGAAUCUUUUACGAGAUCAAUUGCAUCAAAAAGAAAAGGAGAAGCUGUUCAUAGAACAAAAAUUAAAUCAUCGAAUUCACAGCUUAGAAGACAAAUUAAAGAUACAGCAUCAAAAUCACUUAAAGUCAAUUGGUGAAAAGGAAGAACUUUUGAAAAUCGAAAACGACAACAAGAAAGAGAUUAGUGAUUUGAGAAUGCAAAAUAUUGAAUUAAGUGAAAAUGUAGAUAGACUCGAAAAAGCCAACUUUGAAGUAAAAUCAAAACUAUCCAUGCUGCAACAGGAUUUAUCGACUAGCGAACAAGUUCAGAAAGAUUUUGUAAAAUUGUCGCAAUCGCUUCAAAUGCAGUUGGAGAAAAUUCGAUCAGCCGAUUCGCAAGUUCGUUGGCAGGAUUUAGAUGAUGUCGAUAAAUGUCCAACGUGUAAAUUAGAAUUCACAGUAACUCGCCGAAAGAGAAAUUGUCGUCAUUGCGGUACAAUAUUCUGUGAGUCAUGCUGCAAUCGAUCUGUCAAAAGUGGACCGAGUCAAAAAGUUGCCAAGGUUUGUGAUUUGUGUAAUACACUCCUUCAAGCAAAUCAAGCUCCUUAUUUCAGCGAGAUUGCUCCACAAAGUCCAAUCUAAGAUAUUUUGAUGAAAUUAAAUAAUUGUAUCAUGUGUCGUUUAAUUAUUAAUAAAAAAUUUUAUUGUGCUUAUUCGCAAGUUAAAAAUGUACCGUAUUUCAAUACAUUGAUAUAUAAUUUAUAGAGAAAUAUUCAAUGGAAUUAAUGUCAUUAAGUUUAAAAUUAAUACAAAAUAUAAGUAUAAAUGCAAAUAAUAAUAUUAAUGACUCUUCAUCGAACAUGCAUCGAUUAAUUUACUCUUAAUAUAAUUAAAAUAUAUAAAAUUUUCAUUUAUCUUUUCAUGUAAACCGACAUUUUAAAAUUUUAACAGUUUCAAAAAAUUUAAAUUUU